UAUCUCGGUCGUCCCCGUCUCCAGAUUUCGAGCUCUACCUAUCAACGCCUUUCUCCGGUAUUUUCAACUUCCUCCUUUCUCCGGUAUAUUCAACUUCCUCCCACCCUGACUUUCACCAUUAUUCGGCACGGGCUCCGUUUCUAUGAAAUCGCCUCUAUUUCCACCUAUGCGUAUUCUCAUUACCAGACAGUGAUCGGAAUAUCUGAUCCACCUUCACGCUAUCAAUACUUGGUUUACACACUCCCUCAAUAAUUCAAUCUCUCCCUUCCUUCUCUCUACAAACCCUAAGCCGCCGCCACGACCACCAACAUCGAUCACCACAUCCGCCACCACCAUCACCGCUGACCGCAGUAGCCCACCUCACUACCGCUGUCAAUAUGCUUCAUGAAUCAACAGACGAAGUGAUGCUCCGUUAGUUCAAGAAAGAGGUGAAAGAGCGGAUUAAUGUAAACAACUGCUUCAAUUCUAUUCUUACACAGAGAUUCUCUAGCUAUUUCUUUGUUUUUCUUCAUUAAUUGCUGAAAAAAACCCCGAAUUUGGGGUGGAUAGGAUGGGCGGCGAAAGCGGUGAUGAUGUUGUAACCGAAGGUUUACAAAACAUGCACAUCAAAUGUUUGAUGAUAUGCCUCAAAGAAACGAAGUCCAUGCAUAUCGGCUGUCUUUAUCUGAGGACACAAAGGCACUAAAUCAACUGAAUACUCUUAUCCAAGAAGGCAGGGAAAUGGUAUCAGUCCUCUGUGCAUACACGAGUUGUGUCAAAGCACUUCCUGAGAUUCUAUGAAGGAAAGCCAGGCUGAUUUGUAUCUAGAAACUUAUCAGGUAAUGGACUUGGAAAUGAGUCGCUUCGUGAGAUACAAAGAUGGCAAGCAUCACCUGCAGCUAAAGUAUGUGCCUUGACUCUAUCAUUUUCCAAUAUUGCCCCUUUUAUUCCACUGUAACUCAUCUUUUAUCAUUUUCCAAUAUUGCCCCUAUUAUUCCACCGUAACUCAUCUUUAGUCCAUGUUGAAAUUACUUAAUGUUUUGGUUCACUUGAUCAUCUAAAAAAAUGCAAAAGUCAGCAUACUUAAUGAUUUCUCUUGGUAUAAAAGGUGGUCUUUUUGGGAAUAGUAGCUCUGAGAUUCCUGCAAAUGAUUUGAAACAAUUGGAAACCUUUUUCUACAAGCUUAGUUUCUUCCUGCACAUACUAGACUAUUCAGUUACGAUUGCAACGUUGACAGAUCUUCGUUUCUUAUGGUUUAGAGAAUUUUAUUUGGAAUCUUCUCGUGUCAUUCAAGUGGCGAUUAUUCUUGGUGGACGAAAUUACUUUUGUGGUGACACAUGGAAGGUAACUAUAAGUAUGAUGGCAACUAUGAUGAAUUCCAUUCUACUCCGAUCAACAUUAGGAAAAUUAGGUGUUGAGGCACGUCUACAAUCAUCAUGUUGUAUGCCAGAAGUUUCUGAACCUUACAACAAACAAAGAUCAAUUCGACAUUUAGAAAAGGGUAUUGUUGUGAUGGUGGUAAAACUUGAGUUAGUGAAAACAGAAUCUGAAAGUUUAUCAUCACAGAAGGUCCACCUCCUACCAGGAAACUUGCAACUUUGUUGUAUAGACUAAAGAAGAACGCAUGUUGUUGCUAAAAUUAAGAGUUACUAGACUAAAACAACAAUGUAGUGAAAGCAGAAACUGUAAAAGUGUGCUUAACUCAACGAAUGAUAUUUUUUAUAUGUUUUAUUUGUUUUAUUGUCUUAUAUUUUUGCUUAUAUCAACUGC